GACCGACUCCUUUUCCAUUGUUUCGCGGGGGCUAAAGCUUGGAGCAGCUCGGGCUUGCAUGUGGGAAGCGUGGAAGCGGAGACAGAAAUUCUGAGCACGGCAGAGGAUAAGUACCAUAUUAUUAGAAUGCGAAGACUCCCCGAUUCGCGAUGCGAGUUCGGCAUUUGGGCACCUCUCUGUCUAUCUAUCUGCGCUCGGAUUGGGGGUGGGGCUGGGGCUGGGGCUAGGGCUGGGGGUAGGGGCGCGACUUUCCCGGCGCCGUCGCCAGAUGGAGGUGGUGGCUCGAUCCGUCGCGCGGAGUCGCGAAGCACCGAGGAAGAUGCUCCGAAGUGCGCUCCGGCGGUGAUUGGCUCAACAGCCUGUGCCGUCGCGACGCGCGACUUCCAACCCCCCAGCACCCGCUCCACUGCCCCCGUCUCGUCUUGCCUCCACUCACGGCGCUACCGGACGACCGGCCCGCCAGCGGGGCAGCGCUUGGUCAUCGAUCGAUCGGGAGCCCUGGCGCCGAGAUGAUUACCCCCUGUCGGACCCGACGAAAGGUUUCUCGUGAGGCCCGCUAUGUGUUACGACUACGGUGGCUAACAUGGCCACCCAGCCUCGUGUCGUGCUCUUCCAAAAGUAAAGUCAGAUCGAUAUAUCGAUAUUCCGAGGAAAAUCGCCAUGAAAUUCGAUUGCUUGUGAUGUGCGUUCGCAUAGCCCUGUCAGAACAGAUGCUGCAAUUUCCCAGAUAUCUGAACCCCCAAAUGCAAUCGUGUGGCUCACCACUACGGUAUCCUGAAAUACGUUGUGCUCCAGCUCACACGUCAUCCAUACGAGUAUGUGCGCCAAAGGACUCGCCGACUCCUUUGACACCCGAAAUCAUUCCGGCAUGUGCAAAGGUCUUUGCCACUCGACCACGUGAUGAAAGUAUUUUCUCCGAAUCUCUCUAUAAAUGAAACUGCUAUUUCCCUGCCGGUUAACGCCGCCACGCCACCGUUAGUCCGAGCCUGUACUUUGACAAGUUUAACUGACGUCUCUGAAUGAAGGGAGGCACUGAUCGAAUGUUUCAGCAUCUGGCUCAUUGCGCUCAUACUUUGGGCU